AUGACCAGUGAUGACAGCACGGAGUCUGCUGUCCACAGUCCUGCUCGCGAGAGAAGAAACAGCAUACAUACAUCUCCAAGACACUUCAAAACACAUCAAACCCUGCACGAAACAUCCAGAAAAGAUCAAACAGAGCGCCUUUAUCACAGACUUCAUCUUGAAGGCAGACACGAGUAUAAACUGAGAGCUUCAGAUGUUUUUCAGAUAACCGCACAUGCAUUACAGUCUCAUGAGUCUUGUGCUGAAGAAGAGCUGGUGAAUAUUUAUCUACAGAAACUACUGAUGAUGAACUACAGAGCAAGAUUCAAUAAAACUAAAGAGACCAAUGAAGAACAUAACACACAACAAACAGCCAAAGACUUCUUAGAAGAUGAGGUUUUUUUUGAUGAUGUUUCCAAUGAAGUGUCUUCGUCUAAUGCAGUGCAAAGUAAACCUGUGUUUCAUUGUUCUGACAGUUUCUUAAAGCAGAUGAUGGUCACUAAACUCUCUCAGUGUCAGUUUGCUCUUCCUAUGCUUGUUCCUGAUCCAUUCACACAAAAGAUUGAGUUUCCUCUCUGGACAUUCAGACAAAUCAACAAGAGCUGGAAGAUCAGAAGACCUGACAAUGACAUCAUCAGUAAAGUCCAGUCAGUAUGUAAAGCAGAAACUCCAAUGGUGUCGUUCUUCAGGUUUGGUUCUGUGUCUUCAUCUAAAUCUCAGCUGAUGAACAGUCUGAUCAAUGAGAAACACAACACGUUCUUCACCAGAAACUGUCCAGGCAGCAGCAGAACCAGACUACUGAUGGAUGGAGUGGUGGAGAUCGCCUGGUACUGUCCAUCUGGAAAACACACAGAUACAUUUACUGACUGUGUUGCCUUCUGUAAUCUUCAUGGUGAUGCAGGAGACAAUGAGACACAGAUGAAGAUCCUCACUGAAAUGUCUUCAGUCAAUGUUGUUCUUCUGACAAAACUUGAAAAGAAUGACAAAAACGCAACAAAGAUUCAAAACCUGUACAAAGUCAAAAAGCCACUCAUUUCUCUUCUUACUGAGGAUGAAUCUGCUGUUACUGAGAUGAGGAAAGGAAAAUACAAAAUUGGUUUGAAGGACAGGAAUCAGUCAGAUGUAUCUGAAGAACUCAGAAGAGUCAUAAAUGAUUGUCUCCCAUCUUCAGGAUCAGGAAGGUUCAACUUCAGACUUGAAGACGUGUCCAAACGCUCAGAUAUCAGAGUAGAUGAUGAAGACUGCAGGAGAGGAAAAGAAGCAGCACAAGAGAUGAUGAGUUUACUGAAGAAUAAACCUCUGACAGAAAUAUCAUUUCUGCCCUGUCAGGGUGAACUGUGGCAUCAGUGGUGUAAGAAAAACAAAGAACUUCAUCAACCUCAAGGGGAAGAGCUAGAACAAGAAAUAAGUAAAAAAGAAAUGAUCAACAUUCGUGAGCAGCAGCAUACAUCUCACAUGAGUGAGUUUAUGGAGAUCUUUAUGAAACAAACAAACUCACAGGAUUCCAGUAGGAUGUUUUUUAUCAAAUGGCUCAGAAUUCUUCUGGAUGAAUUCACCUCUGCCACUCUUUCUUAUCUAAAUCACAAGUAUGAUGUAAAGUGGUCAACAGUCUUAGAGCUAAAAGAAGAAGAUAAAUCUGAACAACUCAAAGAUGCACAAACAGAACUUGAGCGAAUAUCUGAUGAACUUCACUCAGCAUCCUUUGGCCUGGAGCACAUCAUGAGAGAGAUCGGUCAGAUCUAUGAAUCAUGUUUAUCUGUGAAGAAGAACAAAACAGAUCUUCAGUUUGACUUCUCUUCUCUACCGAGUCUUGCAGCAGAUAUGAUGGUGUCUGGAUUUCCACUGGAGCUGAUGGAUGGAGAUGCUGCUCAUGUUCCUGUCAUGUGGGUAACUGCUGUUCUAGAUAAACUAAUCCAGAAACUGGGAGAUCAGAGAGUGUUUGUUCUGUCAGUUUUAGGGAUUCAGAGCUCUGGGAAGUCCACCAUGUUGAAUGCCAUGUUUGGACUUGAGUUUGCAGUCAGUGCCGGCCGCUGCACCAGAGGAGCUUUCAUGCAGCUGAUCAGAGUCUCAGAGGAGAUGAAACAUCAGAUGAAGUUUGAUUAUAUUCUGGUUGUUGAUACUGAAGGAGAGAAAAACAUGGAUGGAAAGAGACGACUACUGGACACACUGGAUGAGAUGACAAAACUUGCUGCUAAAGAGGAGGGGAAUUCUGAUGCGGGAUAUUUCAGUGAUUUCAUUCAAUUCGAUGUACGCAAUGAUGUGAAGUAUUUUGCUCAGCUGUGGGAAGGAAGUCCACCAAUGGCACCACCAAACCCAAACUACUGUGAGAAUAUUCAAGAACUGAAGAGAACUAUUAUCUCAAAAGCCUCAAAAUCAGCUGGUAUGAGGCUGACAGACCUACGUAAGCGAACUGAAGAUCUCUGGGAGGCUUUACUGAAGGAACAGUUUGUGUUCAGCUUCAGAAAUUCUCUGGAGGUUUCAGCAUACAGGAGACUGGAGACAAAAUACGGGUUGUGGGAAGAGACCCUUUGCAGUACCAUGAUGAAAAUUGACAAAUUACAAAACAAUAUAGAAAAUGAAGCAAUUCGUGAUCUUCCGAGAGAAUUUAACGAGGAAAGGAAAGAAGUGGAAAAAUCACUGUCAGAAUUCUUUGAGAAAGACACAGAUAAACGUAUACUGUUUAAAUGGAAAUAUGGAAAUAUGAAAAUAUGGAAAUGGAAAUAA